GCAAGUGUUUGCCAUGAGGAAUCCAUGUCUACAAGUACUCAGUUUCUGUCUUCAGUAGAAAUCUCUGUGACAUUCUAGGCUAAAAAUAGCAAAUUAACGACCUUCGCUCUCCAUGCUAACAUUCUGAAUGGCUGUUGCAUGAAUGAACAGAAGCAAUGUGGCCAUGUCUUCUGAGUGGGAUAUCUGAAAAUGCAGCACACGCCAACACAGGUCUAACAUGGGAACAAGUGCCUCCUUUUUGGUUUGUCACUCACUGUCUUCAGUUAAAAUUAAGCCAGGCACAAAUAAAGUGGCACCAGAUUUCCAGCUCACCAAGAGGAGAAACAAUUUUGGUGUUCCCCUUGAGACUCUUGCACAAGAGGCAACACAAUGGCAAGUUCCUUUUGUUGUGACACAGAUGGUGGAAUACCUAGAAAUGUUCGGCCUGGAUCACAUAGGUUUAUUUCGAAUCAGUGGCUCAGUGAACAAAAUCAAAGCAUUGAAGCAGAAGUAUGAUCAAGGUGAAAAGGUGGACCUCAUUAAUGAUGGUGACAUAGAUUCUGUUGCAAGCCUCUUUAAACUUUUCCUCAAGGAGCUUCCAGUGGCUGUUUUCCCAGACAAUUUACAUGCUAACCUUCUUAAAACCUUUGAAGAUAAGAACCACAUGGCUGAGUGUACACAAUGUCUGAAAAGGUUAUUAAGCAGCUUUCCCAAGGCCCACUACAGCCUUUUCCAGUUCCUCUCUACCUUUCUGUUGAAGGUGGCAUCACACAGUGAAAUGAACCACAUGACCCUGGAAAACCUUGCCAUUGUAUUUGGGCCCACCCUUUUCCGAAUUCCUUUCAGUCCUUUGGCUCAUGAAAAACAAAUGCUUUGUAAUGCACUCCUGCUGCAUUUGCUCCAGAACCAUGAGAUACUAUUUGCAGACUCUGGCAGCCAUUUCUCACUGACACAAGCAGACAACACUGAGAAAAACAGCCUAGAAGACACAGAAAGAACCAAUUGCAAGUUAAGCAUUCAGGAUCAUUCCUUCAACAAUACAGCUUUAGCAGAGUGUGACGAGGAUACAGAGUCUGUACAUGAAGACCAAGCAGCAAACUCCAUCCACAGAGAUGAAAACAACAAAGAAAACUAUCCCAACAACACUACAGUCUUAGAGGACAGCCAGCCAGAAUUACGAGAUAUCGAGCAACACGUGGAACAGACAGCUCAUGACUGCACACUGCGAGCUGGAAUGGGCAACUUAAAAUUAAGAAAGCCCAAAUCCAUUGCAAAACUAGAAAAUGGGAAAAACCAUGAAGAAAGUCAGGAGAUGGAGAAUGCCUUGCCAGGAUUCUCAGAAUGUCAGGGGAAAUCAGGAAUGUCCACUAAUGACUACACCCAGAAUGUGGCUUUUGGAUGCCAGGAAACAGUUGUGAGACUUCAACCAAGAAUAGAUCAGUGCGCAUUUCUUUCACCAAAGGAACCUACUGAACAACUGCAGAAUUUAAAUGAGGAAGAAACUCCUCAGCUGCAGGCUUUCAAGGAUCCUCCAGCCUCUUCCUCAAUUCAAUCCAGUGUGCAAACUGAUGGGGCCAGUUGUGGAGAGCCUGUACCAGCCCAUCAAGACUGGCAGAGUGACGCAGACAACGGCCCAGAAGACCAUCACUCCUUAGGGACCAGUAGACUACUAUAUCAUAUUACUGAUGGAGAUAAUCCCCUUCUGUCACCACGCUGCUCAAUCUUUAGUCAAAGCCAGAGAUUUAAUUUAGACACAGAGUCGGCCCCUUCCCCACCAAGCGCUCAACCUUUCAUGAUGCCCAGAAGUUCUUCCAGGUGUAAUUGUGAGGACUGCAAAGAGCCGCAGACAGUAAUGCAACUUACCAAACAUCUUCAAAGUCUCAAGAGAAAAAUCAGGAAGUUUGAAGAAAAGUUUGAACAAGAAAAAAAAUAUCGGCCUUCACAUAGUGACAAAACUUCCAAUCCUGAAGUCCUGAAAUGGAUGAAUGACUUGGCUAAAGGUCGUAAACAGCUCAAAGAGGUUAAACUCAAAAUGUCAGAAGAGCAAAACUGUACCCCUAAAGCACCCAAAAGAAUUGUGCAGCAUGAGAGCCCUGGAAUAUACAAAGAGACCAGGAAGCAAGAAGCGGCAAGUACUGAACCAAAUCCAUCCGUCGAAGAAACCGUGGAUACCAUAAUGAAGCGAUUAAAGGAGAAAAGACAACAGUUUAACCUCCCUGAGACUAUAAAGGAUAUGACAAAAAAGCAAAUGGCUUUGGAAAAAAUCAAUCUUCAGAAAUGUCUGCUAUAUUUUGAGAAUAUUCAUGGACGACCUGUAACUAAAAAAGAGAGGAGUAUUAUGAAGCCUCUUUAUGACAGAUACAGAAUUAUCAAGCAACUUCUCUCAACACCAUCUUUGAUUACAACAAUUCAGGAGGAAGAAGAUUCAGAUGAUGACCAUUCUCAAAGCAGCCAUGAAUUAUCAUCCAGUUCGGCAUCUAACCUUCCUGUAGACGACUAUCUGUGCUGCUCAGAUGAGGAGAAUGAGCCUGUAAUUGUUUCCCCUCUGGAUGAAAAAAAGGCAAUCAAACAACCAGCCCUAUCUCUGUCCAAUUUACAUGAGGCCACAAUGCCUGUGCUACUUGAACAUCUCAGAGAAACAAGAGCUGACAAGAAAAGGCUUCGCAAAGCUCUGAGAGAAUUUGAGGAACAGUUCUUUAAACAAACAGGAAGGAGUCCACAAAAGGAAGAUCGCAUACCCAUGGCUGAAGAAUACUCUGAAUAUAAGCAUACGAAAGCCAAACUCAGACUCUUAGAGGUUCUCAUCAGUAAGCACGAUGUCUCUAAAACAAUUUGAA